AUGUCUAAAUCAAUGGCAAAAGGCAGGCGAGUAUUUGUGGUGGGGGUGGGAAUGACCCGAUUUGUUAGGCCCGGUGCCAACAAAUUGUUAGACUAUCCGCAAAUGGUCAACGAAGCGGUCAACAGUGCACUCGACGAUUGCCGACUAAAAUACUCGGACAUUGAAUUUGCUGCCGUCGGCUAUGUGUUCGGUGACUCAACCAGUGGCCAGAAGGCACUGUACGAAAUCGGUAUGACUGGCAUUCCCAUUGUUAACGUCAAUAAUAACUGUUCGACUGGUUCGUCGGCACUGUAUUUGGCCAAAAAUAUGAUCGCCGGUGGUCUACAUGACUGCACUAUAGCCGUCGGCUUUGAAAAGAUGGAAAGAGGAGCUCUGUCUUCAAAAUAUAAGGAUCGUAUGAAUCCAAUGCAAAGUCAUGUUAACCUACAUUACGAGUUGUACGGCAUAGAGGCGGCGCCCAUCACUGCCCAGAUGUUUGGUGAGGCCGGUAAAGAGCAUAUGAAUCGGUACGGCACACGACCCGAACAUUUUGCUAAGAUUGCCGUCAAAAAUCAUAAACAUUCAGUAAAUAAUCCCAACUCACAGUUUCGUGAAGAACAUACACUACAGGAGGUAUUGGAUUCGCCAAAAGUCUAUGACUUUCUUACUCGAUAUCAGUGUUGUCCGACUUCGGACGGUUCGGCCGCUGCUAUACUGGCUUCUGAGGAUUUUGUCAGACGAAACAAUCUGAUGGAUCAGGCGGUCGAGAUAUUGUCGAUGCAAAUGUUGACCGAUACGCCGUCCACUUUCGAUGACAAAUCGGCCAUUAAACUGAUCGGUUUCGAUAUGACCAGACUGGCUGCCGAAAAAGCGUUUGCCGAAUCUGGUGUCACACCCGACGACAUCAAUGUUGUUGAACUACACGAUUGUUUUUCGGCUAACGAACUGAUUACUUAUGAAGCACUCGGUUUGUGUCCGAUAGGAAAGGGCAAGGAUUUGGUGGACAACAAUCAGAAUACUUAUGGAGGAAAAUAUGUGAUUAACCCGAGCGGUGGUUUACUAAGCAAAGGUCAUCCAUUGGGUGCUACAGGUUUAGCACAGUGUACGGAACUAAGCUGGCAAUUAAGGAAUAUGGCCGGUGCCCGGCAAGUGCCCGGAGCCAAGUUAGCACUACAGCACAAUAUAGGUCUCGGCGGAGCCGUAGUUGUGGCCAUUUAUAGGCUGGGAUUUGCGCCAAAUAAUAAUAAAGCAAUUGUUUCUAAACUUUAAAC